AAAACUUUUAUCAUAAUUAAUUUAUAAUAGAUACAUAACUUCGAACAUGGUUAAUAAUAUGUUAGCUUUUUUUUUUAUGUUUUAUUUUAUUGCAUGUACUUUUGCGGGUUCUGAUGAGAAACUAGCAAAAUGUCGUUCGCAAAUGUCGAAAGCUGAUCUGUCGCAUAAAAUAGACUCCAAAUACACUGCUCAAAGUGAUUGGAUUGACACUGUAUCUAAUAUUUUAGUACCAAUAUGUAAUAACGUACGCACAUUUCAAGAAAAACAUAAAUUGCACAUACAUUUUUCAACCAAAUAUAUUUUUGACGACUUAUUAUCAACAUGUGGAUUUCUAAACAAAUAUCUAGAUAAUGAUACGAUAGAUAAGAAAGAAUAUAAACCUGUUCUAGAUAAUUUAUUACCAACAUGCACUGCCCUAUACAACUAUGAUGAAAAGAUAGUAAAAAAUACUAACGAAUUUAUCUUUACUCUUGACUAUUUCUUUUCAUCUACAUGCCAAUUUCUACUCAGGUUUCAAAAUACAGACAAGAAAGAUUAUAAAGGAUCUAAAUUUACUGUGGACGAUUUUUAUGAUCCUCAAUCACCAGAUCCAUUUUGCAUUGAAUACAGCAAAGAGUAA